GCUGAGCCAUCACAGAAUGCUAUCAAAACCCUCUUUCAGUACAGAGGCUGCCCGCAGUUCCCGGUCUGUCCUGUUACCCAGAGUUACCCAGGUUUCCUAACAGAGGAGCACAACAAGCCUGCCAUCAUGUCUGAAAAAAAGAUGACCUCAAGCCGUCGGCAUCACCUCAAGAGUUUGAUACUUGGCAUAGCCAGGGAUCUGAUGACGGCUGAGGAAAAGCGGGUAGAGGAGGAAAGAGUUCGCUAUAUGGAGGAGAAAUGUUCUCCUCUAUCUCUGCCCGGCUCAGUGCAGGAAUUACAGGAUCUGUGCAAAGAGCUUCAUCAGAAGAUUGAUGUGGCGGACGAGGAGAGAUAUGACCUGUCUGUUAAAGUGGCCAAGAGCGAAAAAGAGAUUGAGGAUCUGAAGAUAAAGGUUCAGGACCUGAUAGGCAAAUUCAAAAAACCUGCUCUUAAGAAAGUACGCAUGUCUGCUGACUCCAUGCUGCAGGCGCUGCUGGGCUCCAAACACAAGGUGUCUCUGGAUCUAAGAGCCAACCUCAAACAGGUCAAGAAAGAGGUCAAGGAGGAGGAUAAGGAUGCCGUGGGAGACUGGCGUAAGAACAUCGAGGAUAAGGCCGGCAUGGGCGGCAGGAAGAAGAUGUUUGAGACCGAUGCUUAAACAGGCAGCUGUUUUACUUUUGGAGUUGAUUUCUGAUGUUUUUUUUUCAGUUGCAAAGUUCGCUGUCAAAAAGUGCUUUUAUAUCCAAACUACACAUCCGACAAACCAACAGUAACUAAGCUAAUCAUAAUAAUCUGAAUGUUAUGUUCUACAUGAGUGUUGAUCCAUGAACUCACCUUAACAAAUAAAAGUAAUAAAAGAAACUCC